GGUGGGGAAAUGUGUUUAUAAUGACAGUGAAAGAACUGUGUCCGAUGCAAUAGUUACAAAAAUCAAUUUCGUCUUCUUCUUUUAUUUUUAUUCGAAGAUAAAAGGCAAGGUGAGGAAAGAGAGAGAGAGAGGGGAGAGAAGGGACCUUAUCUCUCUUUGCAAAAGGACAUUAACAAUAAAGGCAAAAACCAAGAAAGGAAAGAAUAGAAAGAGGAAAGUAUUCAUACCCAAAAUUGCCCAACUUCUUGCUUUGCUCUCUGCUACUCAAUCAAUCGUCAGUCGUCCCUCCAUAUUCAAACUACACAAUAACAGUAAAAGGGUUUCAAAAAGCUACUUUCAGCUAACUCGGAGGUUGUUAAAGACGCUUUUAAGAAUAGCAGCCUUUUCUGUGAGCUUUUGAUUUAUGGGCGGUGCUAAAUAAGCUCCAGUGUUAUGGUGAGUUUGGGACUGCUUCUUGCGGCUGUGCCUGACCAAUUUUGAAUUAUUUUUGCUUUUUUUUUUUGGGAGAUUUGAGCUGCCUACGUUACGAUGAAUCAUUCUGUUCCUGAUUUUGAUAUGGAUGAUGACUACUCUCUUCCUGCUUCUUCUGGUCUUACCAGAACUAAGAAGUCCGCAAUGGCGGAAGAGGAAAUCAUGGAACUACUGUGGCAAAAUGGUCAAGUGGUUAUGCAGAGUCAAAAUCAAAGAUCUGUUAAGAAAUCUCACAUCGGUAAUGGCAGUGGAGGUGGUGGUGAUGCGGUUAUUCCCUCUGACCAAGCUGUCAGUAGAGAGAUCCGUCAUGUAGAGGAAACUACUCCACAUCAUCUGUUUAUGCAGGAGGAUGAGAUGGCCUCGUGGCUUCAUUAUCCACUCGAUGACCCCUCCUUCGAACGUGAUCUCUACUCCGAUCUCCUAUAUCCCACGCCCACUUCUACCUUAACCACCGCCGCGCUGCCACGAGAAAACCGUACGUCUACGUUUGAGAUCCGUCCACCUCCGCCACAACCAUCGCCUGCAGCGCCGAUCGGAACGGCUCCUCGGCCGCCUAUACCUCCUUCUAGGCGCACCGUCACAGAAAAUUCUAAUCGAUUCCAGAACUUCGGACACUUCUCGCGAUUGCCUAAAGCAAGGCUAGAACCUGGUCAGGCGAACUUAAGCAAGUCACCAAGAGAUUCAACGGUCGUGGAUUCAAGCGUAACUCCAAUUACAGGGCAGGAAUCUAGAGUUUCACUCAUACCUGAUAAUGUGGUAGCAGUACCCGGCGGAAAUGUAGGAUGUAGUACAGUAAAUGGCAGCACCGGGACUGCGACUGCGUCAACGGCAAUUAGGGAACCGACGACUACAUGUGAUAUUUCAAUGACGUCAUCUCCCGGUGGCUCAGGAAAUAGUGUAAGCGCCAGUGCCGUACCACCAGCACCAGCACCAGCACCGUCGCAUAAGGGGGCGGCACCAACGGCAACGGCAGCAGCAGCGGAUGAUCGGAAACGGAAAGGAAGAGAAAUGGAGGACGAAGGUCAGAAUGAGGAUGCUGAAUUUGAGUCUCCUGAUACGAAAAAGCAAGCACGUGGUUCAACAUCCACAAAGAGAUCUCGUGCUGCGGAGGUCCAUAAUCUUUCAGAAAGGAGACGUAGAGACAGAAUAAAUGAGAAGAUGAAGGCCCUGCAGGAACUCAUACCACGCUGUAACAAGACGGACAAAGCUUCAAUGCUUGAUGAGGCAAUUGAGUAUUUGAAAUCACUGCAAUUGCAAGUGCAGAUGAUGUCCAUGGGAUGUGGCAUGGUCCCGAUGAUGUAUCCUGGAAUGCAGCCGUACAUGCCGCCAAUGGGAAUGGGCAUGGGUAUGGGGAUGGGUAUGGAGAUUGGCAUGAACAGGCCAAUGGUGCCAUAUCCACCUCUAUUACCAGGUGCAGCAAUGCAGAAUGCAGCUGCAGCAGCACAAAUGGGUCCUAGAUUUUCUAUCCCUCAAUUUCAUUUGCCACCAGUUCCAGUACCAGAUCCAUCCAGAAUGCAAGCCUCAAGUCAGCCAGAUCCAAUACUAAAUUCACUUGUUUCACAUAAUUCGAACCAGCCAAGACUUCCGAAUUUUAGUGAUCCAUAUCAGCAGUUUUUUGGUCUCCAGCAAGCGCAAGUUGCAUUACCGCAGAAUCAGGCAGUAGAACAGCCCAGUAAUAAUAAAUCCGGCAGCAGAAAAGAAGUUGGAAAUCCAGGGAAUCAUCAAUCUGGUUAAUUAGCUGGAAGCGAGAACGUUUGCCAGAAACUAAAUUUUGUAGCGUAAGAGGAACAUCAAGUGCAGGUUGAUACAAAUAUAGCAUCACUAACUUGUAAUUAUUACUAGCGUAUCCAUUUUGCUUUUACAUAUUGUGGCCCUGAAAUCGCAUUUCCAUGUGGCAUAUGCGGAUAUAAUUUUGAGGCCAGUGUUUCAACGGCAUAUGUGAUCUUCAAGCAUUUCCUGGCUUAUGAUUCUUCUUAACCCCAAAUUCAUCUGUCUGCUGCCCCUUUUAACUGCUGCAGAAAUUGACGAAUGAUGAUCAUAAACAUAUUCAUGAUAAUUCUCAGUCUGAUGCACCAAAAUGAGGCAUGGAGAUCUAAUAUGGAAAGCAAUAUAUUCUGAUUCUUACAAUUAUGCAAAUUAAGUCAAAGAUCCAAAAUUUGCUGACCAGACAAGGAAAUAAAUCAAGCCAACCAAGUUAAGCAAGAUGAAGAAGCAAAUCAUUAAUGACUCAAGAUCUGCUGAUCAGACAAGAUCCAGCAAAAUCAAGAAAGAUAGAUAAGUCCAAAACACAAGCGACUUUAAGAAGGAAAUGAAUAAUUGUCUAAGCUGCACUGGAAUGGAAGACAUCAAUUUAAGGACCAAAAUAAGGAAAGGAAGAUAUGGCUGAUCAACACUGCAAGGAAACUUUAAAAUAGACAGAACAUUCGCACACUUGGCAGAGAUCAAAUCAGAAUCAACAAGAAAAAGAAAAAACCAUGAAUCAAGACAAUUAGUAAUAUUUUAAGGAGAAGAUCAAACUAGCAAAGGAAAGCAGAAAAAAUGAUUUACUGCAUUGAUGCAAACAACUAAAUCGACUCAAUCAAGGACAUCCUAAACUGAACAAAUCACAUCGCAAGAAAUGAGGGACAAUUCAGUCACUAUAGAUACUGAACUUCAAAAAGCAAAAACAAAGUAUCAAUUGAAGGAAUAUCAACAGCGAUUGACUAACCAAUUACGAAAAUUCUAAUCUCACGACUGGAAGGAAAAUCGCUCUAACAAAGGAAGCAGUCGCACCAACAAAGGAAGCAGAUUCUCACAUGAAAAAAGAAUUAGACAAGAGCAAAAGAAAUCAGCAGAUGACAACUAGCCAACUUCUGAUUCAAGGCAGAAAUUAACUUGACACGUCGAAGCAAAUCAAAUGAAAUCUUGCUCAAUCAAGAUAUCAUUACAAAAGCCUUGAUUGAAGGAAAGUCCUUUGGGUUUCCAAAUAGAGCUAAAAUACGCAUCAAUAUUCAGCCUAUAAAUGAAGACCUCAGAAGACCAAGAAAUCACGCACUUCACUUGAACUUAUAUUGUAAUCUUCUUUUAUCUUUUAUAAAUUAUGUACACCUUUGACUGAACAAUUGUAAAGAAAAGAAAAAGAAAGAUAUGAGUGUAAGUUAUACAGGUAGAGGUUGUGUCAGAGAAGAAGGUCUGAUUUGCAUAUCAGAUGGGCUCUUUAUCGUAACAUUCUGUAACACUCAAGUUCUCAACAAGCUCUUAAGGAAACCCUUGUAACCCAAUGGAACUGGACUAGGCACCACAUCAGUUAUCCAAA